GGCCCGCCCCGGCACAUGUUGACAAUCCGAGAGUUCAAAGUGUGUCUUCUCGGGGACACGGGGGUCGGGAAGUCAAGCAUCGCGCGUCGAUUUACCGAGGAUAACUUUGAGCCCAACGUCCAUCCCACCAUCGGGGCGUCUUUUAUGACCAAAACCGUGCCUUAUGGAAACGAGCUUCACAAGUUCCUCAUCUGGGACACGGCGGGUCAGGAGCGGUUUCAUUCACUGGCUCCCUUGUAUUAUCGAGGAUCCUCCGCGGCUGUCCUAGUGUAUGAUAUUACCAAACUGGAUUCAUUUCAUACCUUGAAGAAAUGGGUUAAAGAACUGAAAGAACAUGGCCCAGAAAACAUUGUAAUGGCUAUUGCUGGAAACAAAUGUGACCUCUCGGAUAUUAGGCAGGUGCCUCUGAAGGAGUCUGAAGAAUAUGCGGAAUCCAUUGGUGCCAUAAUGGUUGAAACGAGUGCUAAGGAUGCUGUUAAUAUCAAAGAGCUCUUUCAAGGAAUCAGCCGCAAGAUCCCACCCUUAAAAGCCGAAGAAAACGGAAGGGAUGAAGUGAUCAGGCUUGGGAGCCCGAAUGCAUCAAUAGGCCAGAAGCGGCGGUGCUGUUGACUGGGGGGCCAUAGCACAGGGAACUAUUAAGAAGCCAGAGCCUUAGCCCCUACAGGGACCUGCCAUCGGAGGCCGGCAUCUACCACACUCUUGGAAGACCUGCAGGGAGCAGAGCAGGAAAUACCAAUUGAAAAAUACUUUAGAAAUCUCUGGAAAAAAACACCAUAUCACCAAAAUAUGGCCUUUUUGUCCAUGAAAUUACCUAGUCAGUAAUAGGUAUAGUUGCCCUUUUUGCUGAAAACAUUAGAAAACUUUUAGAUUAGAACACAAGUCUUAAAACACUGUUUACGCUGACUUCUGGUGUCACCUAGCCAGAUUUUAAUAACAUCUCCACAACCCAUUGCCUUAAUUACCCGACCAGUUUUUGCCAAACAGUAUUGAAGCUAGCUUUGGAAGUAAGCUUGUAUUACAUUUCUAGUGAAAAUCGGAGAAGUAUAACUGGACCAUCACUCAAGUUGAGUCUUGGCUUCUCUAAGAGAGAAGAAAGAUGCAUUUGAAAACAUCAUCGUCAUCUUUUACUUGAUGAACAUUUUGCUAAACAGACCACACUAGAGUAAAAUAUUUCAUACAAUUUGGGAGUUGCGAGGCCUGGUUUUAUAGAGUCAGUUAAGUAGUCAUGUAAGCAGUGAUAAAUUGAAUGUAUGAAUAUAAUUCAGGAGACCAC